AUGAAAACCUUUUUCUUGCUGACGUUCGUUCCUCUAUUCGUUUUUUCUCAGCCGCCGGAUUUUUUUGGCUUUCCAGGUGCGUUCAUCAAAGUUGUUUUCAUAAUUAGCUAUACUCACAAAUGACCAUGUUUGUAUAUAUAUGAUGUAUUUCAGACGGACCUCCUCCGCCGUUUUUCAGACAUCGACAUAGAUUUGGGUCUGUGGCUGAAUAAAAUUCGAUUUAAAAAAUGUAUUACCAGAGGUCCUCCACCAUUCGGACCCCCUCCUUUUGGUCCACCUCCGUUCCGAAGACGAUGGGGACCUUUUCCACCACCAGACUUUCCCCCAAUGGUAACUUUUUUACUCUGAUGGGAAAUUUCAGGUAAAAAAUUUAGGGUCCUCCACCUUUUCUUCCUGAGCCGCUGCCUUGGGUAGAUAUGCCUCCAGUAGCCUCACAGAAAAUUCAGAAAUAAUAAAAAAAUUUAAUUCAAGCAACCGGAACCUCCUGAGACUCAACCACCGGCUCCUGUGAUUCCUGAACCACAACCUCCUUCCAUUUCCGGACCAAUUUAUACGCAGCAAAUUGAUAGUGUUAGUUUUCUAAUUGUUCAUAACCCAAGUGUAAGCUCUCUUCUUACUUUUCUAGAAGUUUUCUCAUUUGUUGAUUUUUUUGUAAUCCAACAAAAUAGAAUUCCACAUAACUUCGGUCUAUCAGGUGAUUUCGAGUAUCAACUCUCACACUGCCGCUUUCCAACAACCUGGACAAAGUUAUGAUCAAGUGUUACAAGUGAUGAAACAGUUCUACGGGAGAAAAGCGAAUACCGAAUACGUAGGUUUUUAUCUCUUUCUUCGGCAAAAGUUUAACCUCAGGACAUUGCUAAAGUGCAACUCCCAAUGAACGGCUUAAACAACGAGCUCAGCGCAAAUCGAGCUGUAGCUCCGGCUCUUUUCGAGUCAGACAUGGUUCUGACGGUUUCACAGAUCAAAAAAAUCGCUAGCGACGGCUUCAGAGUUAAAAGAAAAAUGAACGUGAAUGGAACAACGUGAGUUUUUUCAAAGUUUUCUCCAGUUUGUGCCUGGUUUUGUCCACUGUACACAAAAAAACUUUCAGUUGGUCUACAUCUGUCUCAUACCGGUUUCUGGACACUGACGGUAAUCAAAAAAGUUUUUUAGCUAAUGAAAAAAAAAAAUUUUAAGCGGAAUGGCAAAAACAAAUUAAAUCCGCUCUAAAUUAUUUUGAAAGAAACACCUGUAUCCGUUUCCGACAAAACGGUCCAGGAACAGAUUACAUUGCCUUCAAUAGAGGAGAAGGGUUCGUUAUGAUUUAUUCGAAACUGUGUCAUGAAUCAAAAUCGUUGCAGGUGCUACUCGAGUGUUGGUCGACUCGGCGGUGCGCAGGAAAUCUCAAUCGGUUAUGGUUGUGAAACGGUAUAGCAAGGUAAUUUGGAGCAAGCUCAAAUUGUAGACAGCUGGGGAUUAUUUCGCACGAAGUCAGUCAUGCCCUUGGAUUCUGGCACGAACAAGCGAGACCUGAGAGAGAUUCCUACGUGAGGUAACUUUUCUGGUUUGAGUUUUAAUAAUAUUCACUACCUUCACGGAUAGACAGCAAUGCGGAAAACGGAAAGACCGCAUAAAAUAUAAGUUCCAUUUCAGAAUACGGUUUGACAAUAUUGUACAGGGAACACAGGGUCAAUUCGACAAAAGAAGACCUUCUGAAGUUCGAGAUUACGGAAUUCCCUACGACUAUGGCUCCGUCAUGCACUACGCCGCGCAGGUAGGUUUCCUCGAAUCUGCAAAAAAAAAGUUAAAUUUUUCAGUCUUUUUCGCAAUCUUCAGCUUUAAACGCAAUCGAAACUGUUGACCCCCAUUUUAUGAGUACCAUCGGUAACCGAGUUGAACCUUCUUUUUUGGAUUUGAAACUCCUCAACAAAGCUUUUUGCGCUGGUUUGCAUGUAUCACAUUAAUCUUUGAAAAGCUUUUUUGAAGGAGUGUGCAGAAAUCAACUGCGAUGCCAGCAUGGAGGCUAUCCAGAUCCUAACAGCUGCGGUAAAUGCAAGUGCCCGACUGGAUUAGAAGGGACUUUCUGCGAAAAGCUUCAAACUUCAAGUGCUUCCAAAAAGUUUGGUGCUUUUUUCAAUGAAACUAUGUAGACUGUGGAGUCGAGUUGCCAGCGGCGGGGAGCCGUUGGAGGAAUAUUUCUUACUCUGGGACGUCGGAUUGUUACUGGCGAGUUCAAGCGGUUAGUUUACCCUAAGGUUUCCACUUUUUUAAUUAUUUCAGCCUAACAACGGGAAAGUACGAUUCGAACUCACAUACGUUAUGUACAAGUGUAACCCUGUCUGCGAAGAGUUUGUCGAAGUACCAAAUAGAAAUAUUAUUAAUUGCUACAUUCGCUUUUUCUAAACCAGAUCAAAUAUGAUACAAAUCACGAAACGACAGGUUUUCGAGAAUGCUGCAGAGCUACAAAGGGAGAGUUAAUCAGUCGUGGAAGCAGUAUAAUUAUUAUUUCCAAAGCAGCCCAAAACUCUCAGUUCGUGCUACGAUACAAACUUGGUAUUAUAACACAAAUUUGCGUGUUCAUCAAAUAACUUUUAGAAGGAGGUGCACCACCACGACCAAAUCGAACGUGUAACUUUUUUUUCCGCCUAAUAAAAUAAAUUAUGUUUUACACAGUACCGAAGGCCAGCACGUGGUCUGGUUGGAGCUCGUGCUCAGAGAAAUGUGGAGCUUGUGGCACUCAAUACAGAACCAGGUAUACACAUCUUCAUUUUUUUCCUGCUGAAAGAGUGCGUUUCAGAGGCCAAGAAAGGCAAAGUCGAGCUUGUGACACUCAGCCGUGCACACCGGGCACCACGCGAGGGAAAAGAAGUCUUUAUAGUGAUUUUUCAAUCUCUUAUUGUUUGAUAUCACUGAAUUGGUUUAGGGGAACCCCGCGCUUAUAUACCUUGGUGCUGUGCGCGGUUCAUUCUCAAGAACAACGUGUGCGUUCCAGUCAGAUGA